UCAUAGUCGUGGGAGUUAUCUCAACUGGUACUAUUCCAUCAGCUGUGUUAUGUUUGGACGCUUGUCGGACUCCUCCACCUCCUUCCCCCGUGAACGCCCACUCCAGUCCGCUACGUGGAAGAGAUCGACUUCAACUGCACCUGGAAUAUGGUGCUGGGAUGCCUGCCCUGUUGCAAUCGCAAUGGCUACCAGCAGAUUGGAAACACUGGCCCUCGCUUUGGAGUGCGUCAUCUACAGUGCAUCCUGGUUUUCUUUGGACUGGCAGUGGCCUAUGCCCUGCGUGUGAAUCUCUCAGUGGCCAUCGUGGCCAUGACAGAUCGGAAUGCCAGCAAUCCUGAUUUUCCUGAGUUUGACUGGAACGAGAGCACAAAGUCGUACCUGCUAAGCAGCUUCUUUUGGGGCUACGUGGUUACCCAGAUUCCCGGGGGCUACCUGUCUGCCAUUUAUGGCGCCAAGUAUAUGCUCUUUUAUGGCAUACUAAUCUGCUCGUUUCUGGCUCUACUGACACCCUUUUGUGCCAUGGCUGGAGGCUGGAAACUGGUGGUAGUGCUCCGUGCCGUUCAGGGUCUCUGCCAAGGCGUCAUCUUUCCUUCUACACACACAUUCCUCUCAAAGUGGGCUCCAGCGGAGGAGCGUGGUCGUCUCGUGGGCUACAGCUACUCGGGCUCACAGUUUGGCACUGUGGUGAUGCUGUCGGUGAGUGGCUAUAUAGCCUCCUCCUCGCUGGGCUGGCCCAGCACCUUCUACGCGCCUGGUUGCGCAGGCAUCCUGUGGGCCUUUGUGUGGUUCUACUACUGUUCAAGCACUCCGGCCCAGCAUCCCACCAUUACGCCUAGCGAAAGACGCUACAUUGAAUCAUCCGGGCAGGCAAGGAGACCCUCGGAUGUGGGACGCGAGGAGCAGCAACCGAGGCCAAAGACACCUUGGUGUCGCAUCUUGACGUCAGGCCCGUUCCUGGUCCUCGUAUUGGCUCAUUGUGCCAAUAACUGGGGCUUCUGGACGCUUCUAACAGAAAUUCCUACCUUCAUGAAGAACGUCCUCGGCAUGGAUAUCAAGAGCAAUGGCCCAUUGUCGGCGCUGCCCUACUUUGCCAUGAUUCUGCUGACCUGCGUCUUCAUCUGGCUAUCGGAUGCAAUGAAGCGGAGGGGCACUGUGCUCCCUCUGGGAUUCUCCCGCAAGUUUUUCAACACGCUGGGAAUGUGGUUGCCCAUGCUGGCGUUGAUCGGCUUGGGCUACAUCACCGAGGGCGAAGCCAAUGUGCGGCUGGCUAUAGGGCUCCUAACCAUGGCGGUGGCCACCAAUGCGGCCACUUAUCUGGGCUUCCAUGUCAACCACAUCGAUCUGGCCCCCAACUUUGCGGGCACUCUGAUGGGGAUAACCAAUUGUGCCGCGAAUUUCAUGAGCAUACUGGCACCCUUGAUCGUGGGUCUUAUUGUCUGGGAUGAGACCAAUCCGGCUCAAUGGCGUAUUGUUUUUUUCUUUACCGCCUUUGUCUACUUUAUGGGUAAUCUGCUUUUUAUGCUUCUCGGAAGAACCAGUGUCCAGUCUUGGAAUACGCCCGCUGCAUCAAGGACCGCUACGUCGGGAUCUGCACCAGAAGCGGAGAAUGCCGAGGAUCGAGAGCCGCUGAUGGGUGCCUAGCCCAGAGGCGAAUAUGUGAAAAGGUUGUUUGAUAAAUGUGAAACUUUUGUACCUAAAAGACGAAGCACAUUCCAUGGAAUUGAUUGAUCGCAAAUAGCUUCGUAGUGCUAUUAUUUAUGUCUAUUAUAUACCGAAUAUGUAUAUCUGUGUACCUAUAGUAUAUUCCAAUUAUUUAUGUACAAAUACAGCAAGGCAACUCGUUUUGAGUGUA